UAAGACUGUUCAGGGUCAAGCUGACAUUAAUACUAAUUCCAAAAAAAUCAUAGGGUUAAAACAUAAUUUCUAUUUCAAGAGUGUUGCAAAAGAUUAGAAAUCAUGAAAGUAUAAUAAUAAAAGUAAGGGGUCCAGAGACUAUUUCUCCCUGUGGUUGCAAUAAUCUAUCUCUUUUUUUCAGUUCAAAGUGAUGGGAUUGUACUUUUCACAGGCCAGAAACAAGUGGGGGCUCAUUGUAUUUCGCUCGUUUCAUCACCAAAAUCCAAACAUUCUCCCUUCCAAGUCCCCAAACUCAGCCUUUGAUGUGACUGCGAUGUGUUUUUCUUGUCUUUGUUCUGCAAUCUGUGUUGUUUCAGCUGUCUCAGGCUGAUUUCCUGGGCAGCAGUGACCUCAGUAAUAUUCUCAUCCUUUCAUAGAAUUCAGGGAACAGCAAAAAACAAAUCAAAACAGGCAUGCUCGAAAACAGAGACACUUGGGUGUAAAGACUUUUACAACUUAUGCUGCAAACAUGGAGGGGUCCAGUGACAGGCUUUUUUGCUGCAGAUGGGUGCGCCAUAGUGUUCCAGAGGCUCACCGAGAAGAGCUGUACCACAUCCUGAGGAUGACGGGGCCUCUGCUGCUUUCUCGGAUCCUCAAUUACCUGCUUCCGUUUGUGGUGACAAUGUUCUGUGGACGUCUGGGAAAUGAAGUGAUGGCCGGAUAUGGCUUAGCUUCUGCAACCAUUAAUGUCACCACUGCAGCAACAGGAUACGGACUAGGGCUGGCAUGUGAUACUCUGGUCUCCCAGACAUUUGGGGGAAAGAACCUCCUGCGGGUGGGAGUGAUCCUUCAGAGGAGCAUCAUUAUCCUGCUGCUGUUCUGUCUGCCCUGCUGGGGGCUCCUCAUUAAUGCUCACGCCAUCCUGUUAUGUUUAGGCCAGGACCCCGAGGUCGCCAGAAUAGCCCAGCUUUACAUUACUGCCUUCCUUCCUGCAGUCCCAGCAAUGUUUCUGCAUAAUCUUCAAGUUUCUUACUUGCAAAAUCAGGGAAUCAUUUUGCCACAAAUGUACACUGCUACUUUGGGAAACGUAGCAAACGUCGUAACAAACUACAUCCUCAUAUACUGGCUGGAUCUUGGUGUGGGUGGGUCUGCAGCAGCAAACACACUGUCACAGAUUUACAUCUGUGUUUUUCUCUUCCUCUACAUUUGGUGGAGGAAGAUCCAUGUCAAAACAUGGGGAGGCUGGUCUGUGGAAUCGCUGCAGGAAUGGGGCUCCUACAUGAAGCUGGCUGUUCCCAGCACAUUAAUGAAAUGUUUUGAGUGGUGGGUUUAUGAGUUUGGAGGAUUCUUUGCAGGAAUGAUGAGUGAAGAUGAGCUGGCUGCCCAACAUGCUGUUAUUAUGGUGUCUUUCAUAACAUACAUGUUCCCGUUUGGUAUUCAAGCUGCAGCUUGCGCUCGGGUGGGGAACGCUCUCGGUGCAGGAGACAACACAGGGGCGCUUCUAACGAGCAGAGUGGCUCUCACUCUUGCAGGCAGCAUUUGUGUUGUUGAAGGCCUUGUGCUUGGCUCCACCAAGACAGUGAUUGGCUUUAUUUUCACUGCAGAUGAGAGGAUCAUACACCUGGUGUCUCAGCUGAUGACUGCAUACUGCUUCCUACAGUUCUUCGAUGGUCUUGUGUGUGUGUGCACAGGCAUCUUCCUGGGAGCAGGCAAACAGAAGAUACCGGCAGUGGCUAAUUUUAUUGGAUACUACUGCCUAGGACUUUCUCUGAGCAUUACUUUGAUGUUUGCUGCAAAACUAAGAAUUUUAGGAUUCUGGGUAGGACUGCUGGUUUGUGUAAUUUUUCAAUCCACUUUUUAUAUCGUCGUCAUCUUCAGGCUGAAUUGGGAGAAAAUUGCAGACGAGGCAGUGAAAAGAGCUCAGAUAACGACAUGCAUGACUUUAAACGCGGCUGACCAGUCAGACAUGGAGGGAAUUGCAGUUUAUGAUAGGAGAUCGAUGGACGUCUAUCUGCCAGUUGGGACAGAUUGCCAUAAUGGGAAUACAGAGACUGAUGGGGAACAUGAGGUCCAGCAGCAGAAAGGCAAGCAUCUCUCUGCCUCUCAGCUGAUCCUCAGGCGAGGCCUCACUGCGUUUGCUGCUCUGGCUCUUCUCGCUGUGGGACUAAGUGUGCAUUUUCUUGUGGCUUUGCCAAAAGACAUUUCCUCUAAGAGAAACCGCACAAUGGACUGGUUCAAUACAACAGAUCAAAUUUUCCCCACAGCUAUGGAUCACAAUAAAAGACCAAAGUGAGUCAAGGAUAGCAAAAA